AAAUAAUAUCCUGGCGUAGAAGAAGAAGUCCGAAGCACUUACUUCUGAGCUAGCUACAAUGGCUCAAGGUUCGAAGAAGUUUAAAGCUCAGAAACCGGGAGCAUCCAAAAAGAAUCAACAGAGGAACGUGAAGGGCCCAAAGAAAGGAGGAAGGAUCAUUGCUCCCAAGAAGGCUCAAGUGGUCCAACAACAAAAGCUCAAACAGGGUCUUGAGGUUGCCAUCAGGAACAAAAUUGAACAGGAGGUAACGCAGAAGGCGAGUUCAUCCCUCCACAAGCCCCUGAGCGUCGUCAAAGGGCCAGAAGGAAAAGCCAAACCAGGGGGAAGCUCCAAAUAGACUGCUUGCAUAAAUGAGUGUUGAAAUGAAUUGGUCAAUCUUGUUUUGCUUUACUUUGUGUGUCAAUAGUUAUUUCAUGAUCAUUUGAACCAGAAUCCUAUAUGCUGUUUAUAACAGUACAUGUUUUGUGAUGAGGUUUCUGAGUUUCAUUGAGUGUUGUAGCCUUUCACUCAAAUAGUAAACAUGUGAUGCUCACCUGUGUA